GCACAUCGUUGCAUGUGUGCUAACUAUAUACGUGUAAACUUGCUUUUUUUACCUAAUCACCUUCGUUACUAAUCCUGGUGGUGGUUUUAGCUACAUUUCUUUAAUUCCUUUUAGAAUUACGUUUAUAUUAGUGUGAAUUAUAAACGUGUUCAAAUGUAGUUAUUUUUAAUAAAUAAGAGUAUAUUAUUGCUGUACGAGUACAUGUCACACGUUAUCCUCGCCCGUUCCUUGUUAUCAGCGUUUAUACCAUGAAGACUAGAGUUUACACGUUGGUUGUUUAUGUUUCAACAUGGCCACGGAGAGAGAUCUGAGUAAUGCCGUACGAGAUUCUUUGGAGACUAAUGGGAACCUUGGCCGUAUAAGGGCAGAAAUGCGCACAGAAGUCAUGAAACUACUCGAUGUCUCGAACCGAAUCAAUAUAUCCAAGCGACCAUGCCAACCUCAUAAUAUUCUUCUCUUAAACGAACUCAUACGAGAAUAUUUCAACUGGAUUGGAUAUAAAUAUACGUGUAGUGUACUUACCACAGAGUGUGAGCUAAGUAAGCAGCCAUUCAAUCAUGAUUUUUUUAUGCAAAGUUUGGGCAUUAAGGAAUAUGACAAAUCAAAUAAUUUACCGUUACUUCUUCAGUUGUUGGAGACUUGUAAAGACGUGAAAAAUGCAUAAAUAAAUUUGUAUGUAUUUACAAACGUA